GCUUCUGAAUCGUCGAAGAAGAACAUUUCCGUUUUCCUUUCGGAUCCCGCCCCGCUCCGCCAUCAUGAAGUCCUGAACAAAAACGGAUGAGACUCGAGCAAAAUGGGGAUAACACGAACUGGAGAUGAAUUCCGCCGACAACACUAACGUGAUGACAGUGCAAAGUGAAGCACGGAGCGGACCCGUGGGAAUUAAUGAAUCAGUUUCCCAUUGAAAACGUCCCAGGCAGCUUCUGGCGUUACGUUAUUUAGUUAGCGUGUUGCUAACAUCAGCUAGAGCGAGCAUCUGAUUUUCUUUGGGAGACAGCUCGGCUGCUAGCUGGCUGGCUACCGUUGGCUUAGCUGGCAGACGUCAGUCAGCUAGCUGUCACUUUAAUUGACUGGCACUUUACUCGUGUCAAGUCGUGCAGACGUGCUAGCUGUCCAAUUGACUGGGAGCAUCAGGAUGGAGAGGAGUUUGAGUAAAAGCAUCGACAGACAGAAUGUGGUCUGCUCGUGUUGAAUAGACACACUAGUGCCGAGGAAAGGGGAGUGAGACCAAUAUUUUCCAGCCAGGCCGGCCGGUUAGCUAGCUCCAGAGCUAGCUACAGUGGAUCCCAAAAGCCACGGCGCUGGCCAUGCCGUCGAGUGUGCGGGCCGGGAGCCUGAAGGACCCGGAGGUGGCUGAGCUGUUCUUCAGGGAGGACCCUGAGAAGCUCUUCACGGACCUGAGGGAGAUCGGCCAUGGGAGCUUCGGAGCAGUCUACUUCGCCCAUGACAUCCGCACCAAUGAGGUGGUGGCCAUUAAGAAGAUGUCCUACAGCGGCAAACAGUCCAAUGAGAAAUGGCAGGAUAUCAUCAAGGAAGUGAAGUUCCUCCAGAAACUGCGUCACCCCAACACUGUUGAGUACCAUGGCUGCUACUUGAGAGAGCACACAGCAUGGCUGGUGAUGGAGUACUGCUUGGGCUCAGCUUCUGACCUCUUAGAAGUCCACAAGAAACCUCUCCAGGAAGUGGAAAUAGCUGCCAUAACCCAUGGUGCAUUGCAGGGAUUGGUGUAUCUUCACUCUCACAACAUGAUUCACAGAGAUGUGAAGGCAGGAAACAUCUUGCUAACGGAGCCGGGUCAGGUCAAACUGGGAGACUUUGGGUCUGCCUCCAUCAUUGCCCCAGCCAACUCCUUCGUGGGAACACCUUACUGGAUGGCCCCUGAGGUGAUCCUGGCCAUGGACGAGGGUCAGUACGACGGGAAGGUGGAUGUGUGGUCACUUGGCAUUACCUGCAUAGAGCUGGCGGAAAGAAAGCCUCCUCUGUUCAACAUGAAUGCUAUGAGUGCCUUAUACCACAUCGCCCAGAAUGAAAGCCCUGUGUUGCAGUCUAAUCACUGGUCGGAUUAUUUCCGCAAUUUUGUGGACUCUUGUUUGCAAAAGAUCGCCCAGGACAGACCUACCUCUGAUGUGCUGCUCAAGCACCAUUUCCUAUGCAGAGAGCGGCCCAUGACAGCUGUGAUGGACCUGAUCGCCCGCACCAAGGACGCUGUCCGGGAGCUGGACAACCUUCAGUACCGGAAGAUGAAGAAAAUCCUCUUCCAUGAGGCACACAACGGCCCCGCACCAGAAGGAGGCGAAGAGGAAGAGGAUGUGGAGCAGUAUAUGCUGCGCACCGGCACAGUCAACAGCAUGGAGAGCUCCCACUCUUUGCCAUCCAUGUCAAUCAGUGCCAGCUCCCAGAGCAGCUCAGUCAACAGCCUGGCAGACGGCUCCGACGACAGCGGGGAGAUGGCCAUGAUGCAGGAGGGAGAGCACACCGUCACCUCUAACAGCUCCGUCCUGCACAAGCCCCUGAGCCAUGACAACAUCUACGAUGAUCCCUAUCAGCCAGAGGUUGACCCACUACGAGAAGCGUUGUCUGCAGGUGGAGGGGGAGGAGUCGGAGGAGGCGGAGGAGGAGGAGGAGGAGGAGGAGGAGGGAGGCGUCGUCGAGGCAGAGAUCAUUUUGCCACCAUCAGGACAGCUUCGCUCGUCACCCGUCAGAUCCAGGAACAUGAGCAGGGCUCGGCCCUGAGAGAGCAGAUGUCUGGGUACAAGCGGAUGCGCCGGCAGCACCAGAAGCAGCUGAUGGGCCUGGAGAACAAGCUGAAGGCAGAGAUGGACGAGCACCAGCUGAGACUGGACAAAGAGCUGGAGAAUCAGAGGAACAGCUUUUCAAUGGAGGGAGAAAAGCUCUCCAAGAAGCACCAGGCUAUCCUUGAGAAGGAGGUGAGCUGGUGGAGGACAAAGGCAGUUCUAACUGAGGAGAAGAAGUUUCAGCAGCACAUACUGGGCCAGCAAAAGAAAGAGUUGACGGGUCUGCUGGAGUCCCAGAAACGGCAGUAUCGCCAACGCAAGGAGCAGCUCAAAGAGGAACUGAAUGAGAACCAGUCAACACCAAAGCGGGAGAAACAAGAGUGGUUGGUGCAUCAGAAAGAGUGUCUGCAGCAGCUGCAGGCCGAGGAAGAGGCAGGCCUGCUGCGGCGGCAGAGGCAGUAUUACGAGCUGCAGUGUCGUCAGUACAAGAGGAAGAUGCUGCUGGCACGCCACAACCUGGAGCAAGACCUGCUCCGAGAGGACCUGAACAAGAAGCAGACUCUGAAGGACCUGGAGUGUGCAAUGCUUCUACGUCACCACGAGUCCACCCAGGAGCUGGAGUUCCGCCAGCUGGGUUUGGUGCAGCGUACUCGGGCCGACUUGAUCCGCACGCAGCACCAGACGGAGCUCACCAACCAGAUGGAGUAUAACAAGAGGCGGGAGCAGGAGCUGCGUCAGAAACAUGCCGUGGAGGUCCGCCAGCAGCCCAAGAGCCUCAAAUCCAAAGAGCUGCAGAUUAAGCGUCAGUUCCAGGACACCUGUAAGAUCCAAACCCGUCAGUACAAGGCCCUGCGCAACCACCUGCUGGAGAACACGCCCAAGUCGGAUCACAAGGCUGUGCUGAAGCGGCUGAAGGACGAGCAGACUCGUAAGCUGGCCAUCCUGGCCGAGCAGUAUGACCACUCCAUCAAUGACAUGCUGUCGACACAGGCUCUGCGAUUGGAUGAGACCCAGGAAGCGGAGUACAAAGUGCUGCGGAUGCAGCUGCAGCAGGAGCUGGAGCUGCUUAACGCCUACCAGAGCAAGAUCAAGAUCCACACCGACACGCAACACGAUAGAGAGGUCAAGGACCUGGAACAGAGGGUGUCCAUCCGCCGCGCUCUGCUGGAGCAGAGGAUCGAGGAAGAGAUGCUGUCCCUGCAGAAUGAGCGGUCGGAACGCAUCCGCACCCUCCUGGAGCGGCAGGCCAGCGAGAUCGAGUCCUUCGACUCCGAGAGCUUGCGUCUGGGCUUCAGCAACAUGGCCCUGACAGGCAUCCCCAGUGAGGCCUACCCCAUGCAGGGCUACUCCAACAUCCCGCCCCCCAGCUCCCGCUCCGCCGGCCACUGGAGCCACGGCAUGCACCCGCAGAGCGUGCCCCCGCAGCAGCACUCCCGCCGCAGCCACAACAGCAGCGGCAGCAGCAGCAGCAGCGGCAUCGGUAGCAGCAGCGGAGCAGGGGACCGCAGGAGCGAGUCUUCCUCUUCCUCCCAUGCCCUGGGAAUGGCCCUGGGGCUGGGCAGAGACGGGAGGGAGGUGCACCACUCGUCCCGUUCCUCCGCCUCCUCUUCCUCCUCCUCCUCUUCUUCUUCCUCUCACCACCAACGCCACCACCUGCCCCAGCACUACCACCACCAGAGCACGCCACAGCUCUACCGCGAGCGGGAGCGAGAUCGGGAGAGGGAGCGGGAGAAGGAGAGGGAGCGGGAGUGGGCUGGAGUGCGAGGCUCCGGCGGCGACCUGGCCCACCCACACCCCCUGCCCUUCUCCCAUCACCUACCCUCACGCUCCUCCUCUCAGUCCCUGGCCAUGCUACCUCCCCCACCGCCAGCCCCUCCCUCCAUCUCCGGCCCGUCCUCCUCUUCUUCCUCCUCCUCUUCUUCGCAGGGGGGGAUCUACUCCGGCGGCGGGCUGGGUGUGCGCGGCGCCCCCAGCUUGUUGGCCCUGAGGAACAGCCCCCAACCUCUGAGGAGGACGGCUUCCGGCGGAGGGCCUGGGGGAGCCGGGGGCAGCGACGGCGUCCUGAGCCGAAGCACCUCGGUCACUUCGCACAUCUCUAACGGCUCCCACCUCUCCUACUCUUAAAAGGCAGGGUGGUAGAAGGAAGGGCGGGAGUGAUUUAGGAAGGUAGCUUUCCCAGGUUGCAUCUCAAUACUCUCAGCUUGCCACCUUGCCUUGUGUCCUUCCUAGGACUGAUCUCUACUCUCAGAAAAGCUACUCGGCUGAAAUGCAGAGGAUUUAGGGAUAUCACCCUUUCCUCUCAACGCACAGUAAGGCAAAGAGAGGACAAACUGACAAUAUUGAGCUGCACCCUGCUCCUUUAGACUCAGGGUGGGUAGAGAGGUGUUCUCCCAUUCUCACAGGUAUAAAAAAGGGAGGGAGGAAUGUAACCACCUGUAAUACCACUAGGUGAUAGUUGUUUUUUUUUUAAAGAGGUUUGUGUUUAAUGUUUUUAUCUUUGUAACUGCCUGUAUAAAAGUGAGACAGGUAAUGUGAAAGGAGGGAUAUUUGUCCCUUUUUUCCCCUCCCAGAGCUGCAGAGAGAGGGGACAACAGCCACGUCUUCUUCUAUGAUGUUCUAUGCUGGAAUGGAGAAAGAGAGAGGAUGGGGGAGUGAAAAAAUGUGUUUUUUCUGCAUUGUGUAUGUACUUGUAUGUAGUCUGUAGCGUCCAGGUAUAUCUAGCAAGCACUCGUAACUGUGGCUCCAGAAAGGAAAAAAGCGAGAGAAUCACAUAAGAUGGGUUACUUUAGUCUUGAAAAAUUGGAAAACACUUUUUAUUGAUUUGCAACUGUUGAUGUUUUAUUGUUUUUUUUAUAUGAACUGUAUUAUAACAGAAACAAGUUGCUUGGAACGUCACCAAUGCCUUUAAGGGGUUCUUAAAGGGAUGUCGUGCCAUCAAAAAUUUUACUUGAUGACUGCAAGAUGAUUUAAAAACAGAAUGUUUGUAAAGGCGAGAACUGGAAAAAUUCUUUCAAAAAAAUGCAGCUGGAAUGAGGAGAAACAUUUGUGAGGACAAAAAUACAAAAAAAAUCUUUCUGGCAUCCAUGACAUAUUGAAUAUCCAAACAACAUAAGUGUCUAUGGGAGUGACUCCAAUGCAUGAGAUAGAUGUACGAAAAAAAACAUUUGUAUACAUGACCAAACCACAUUUGAAAUGUACUGUACCUGUCCGAGUUUCACUGGCAUUGAAGAUCACUUGUCCCACAUUUUUAAUCUUUACUGUACAUAUUUAUGGGAAUAUUUAAAACAAAAACAAGUCAUUGGUUUUAUAGAGUAACAAAGAUAAUGAUAGUAAUUUUGAUAUAUUCAAAUGAGUAUUGAAUUCAAGAUUUAGAGCGACAACUUCCAACUGCAUUUUCUAGGUGUCUAUUACCAUAACUAAUCCCGAUGUAAAUGUUGUUGUAAUCAUGUUCACAUUUUUCUGGCAAAUUAGAAAAGGGCCCACUUUUGACUGU